AUGGAGACACACAAAGUUUGGUGGAUGCUUGUAAUAUUUGCUUUGAUCGAAGUGAGGCAGGCAAUCGAUCCAGUUACAUCUCCAGGCGAGAACACCACUCCGAAAACUGGUGGAUACAUUCCAGCUUUGGGUCUUCUAUCGCUAGUUUAUGCGGAUCCACCGAUACAGCAACCCCCCAACAAAUGUGCCGAUUGUUUAUGCGGUAGAACCAACUCCGGUAGAAUUGUUUCAGGAAGUGAAACAACCGUCAACAAGUACCCGUGGAUGGCCGCGAUUGUAGAUGGCGCGAAACAGAUUUGCGGUGGAGCUUUAAUCACCGACCGACACGUGGUGACGGCAGCUCACUGCAUCGUUAACAAUCCUGAACUUUUAAAAGUUGUACUAUUGGCACACGACUGGUCGAAAAACGAGCCACAGCGAAUCAUUUCCAGGCUGGAGUGGGUUGCAAAACAUCCUGAAUACAAGAUCGAUAAGUAUUACAUCAAAUUCGAUGUAGCCGUUUUGAAACUCGCUACUGUGCUGGAAAUGAACGACAAGCUUCGCCCCAUAUGUAUGCCUGAUCCAGCUGUGCCUGAUAAGACUUAUGAUGUGGGUACUGCUUUAGGAUGGGGAAAAACUAUCGAAGACGGUUCAUUAUCAAAAACGCUACGAGAGGUGGAUCUGAACAUCCUAACCAACACUGAUUGCAAAACCAAAUAUUAUUCACCCAACUUGAUCACGGAUGAUAUGGUGUGUGCCUAUGCAGUCAACAAAGGUGUCUGCACUGGUGAUGGCGGUGGGCCGUUGCAAAUCAAAAACAAGGAAAUUAAAUCCCCGGACGUCUACCAACUGUUGGGACUUGCUUCCUGGGGUGAUGGAUGCGCUAGGAACAACAAACCUGGCGUUUUUUCGAAAAUUACUCCGGUUCUGAGUUGGAUCAAGAGUAUCACGACGGAUGGUUGCUAUUGUAGAAUGAAAGAAGCUACAGGCGGUAUGGUCGCCGUUGGAAAGACAUAAGCAUCCCUUGAAACGCAUAAAUUCUUCAAAUUUAAUCACGAUUAGCAUGCAACCAUAAAGCUAAUAAGUUAAAAAGCAAUAGACAUAUUAUAAGUCAGUGUUUUAAACUCGCAGAAAAAAUAAUAAAUAAUGUUCGAAAAAACUGUCU